AAACAGUGAUCUUAUUGAUUGACAAUAUCUCAUGAAUUGUCUUUAUAUGUGUUUUUUGAUUUAAUGGACACAUGUUUUUSAUCUGUUAAUCAUUUCUACUGUUUGUUUAAUUAUUUAAAAAGAAGAUAAAAUUUAAGUCAAAUAAUUAAUGUCUUAUAUCGGCGACAGACGAGAAAAUUUCAAUGAAUAUGAYGACCGAAACACUCGCAACCCGUCGACCACAAGAGGAUCCAAUCAGACGAAUGAAACGCCGAGUCUUUAUCAUAAACAUCAGGAAAACGUUGCGAACCAACGAUUUCAUCGGUCUAACGAAGGAAUACCUGCCAUAAGUGUCGAAGACUUUCGACUGCUUCGUGAGUGUAAUCGCGAAAGCUUUUGGAAGCGUUGUUUACCACUGUCUGCGGCCUGUGUUGUCGGUAUGUUUUAUGUGGCCGGUCGUCAAAAUAUGAAACCAAAAGUAUGGCACAUAAUUAGUGGCACAUUCUUUGGUUGGUUUUUGGGUAAAUUUAGUUAUCGAGGCGUUUGUGAAGAUCGUCUCAUUAAUUCAAACUCCGACUCGCCUUUUGUCACUGCUAUGAGACGUCGCAGAGGUAUCAUUAGAGAUGAUAUAACGAUGGAUAAGCAUAUAACCGGUGGUGACGAUAUGAUGACCACCGAUCAAACAAGGACUGAUUCAUCCUAUUGGGAUCAACCCACGAAUGACAUUCAAGGUUAUGGUGCUCACGAGUUUGCCGAUUAUAACAAAGAUGAAGAUCGAAAGGGCGACGAUGUGUCCAAAUCGUAUACCACUUACGAUGAUCUAAGAGCUCAGAAUAGGGCGGCGGCCAUGAAGUCAAACAAUUUACGACCGUAUAGUGCUUAACAAUGUUUAGUUGUUAUUAAAUUGUUUCUUAAUUAGCUUUACUCUAAUAGCUAUUACCGUAUUUUUAGUAGUAAAGUGAUGUACAAAACUUAUAGAGGGUUGCAAUUAAAAUCACUUCACUGCAAAAAUAUUGCRUAAACUCUCAAAAAUUAUUGAAAAAUGUCUCAUACUGUAUGAAUUGU